AUGGCUAAAACUCAAACUAAAACUCCGCGCAUCAGGUCCAAAAAAUCAACUCGUAAACUAACUGGUCGAAUCGUUGCGAUUAACCAGCAAGUGAUUGACGUUCAAUUCGGCGCUGGGCAGUUACCUAAAAUUGGAGCGCUAUUACAAGUUCAAACUAGUUAUGGUUCGCAGGAAUACUUUGAAGUAGCCCAACUAAUUGACACCAACACAGUUCGCGCUUACGCCCUCACCAAAGUUGACGGAACCGGGCUUGGCAACGCUGUUAGCACCGAUAAUCUUGGGGUCACGAUUCCCGUGGGACGGGAAAUUCUCGGUCGGGUAAUGGACUUGCUUGGACGUCCUUACGACGCCAGCGACCACCCGAUUAAAACUAGCGCUCGCCUGGAAAUUCUUGACGUUGAACGAACCGAAAAAGAGUCCUACCAAAGCGUGCUUUCGAGCGAGAUUCUUGAAACUGGCGUGAAAGUGAUCGACCUACUGCUACCAAUCCCGCGCGGCGGUAAGGUCGGUUUGCUCGGAGGAGCUGGUGUUGGAAAGACGGUUGUGGUUCAGGAGUUAAUCAACUCCUUCAUUAAAAACCACGACGGACUAUCGGUUUUUGUGGGUAUUGGCGAAAGAACGCGCGAAGGUCACGAACUGUGGCAAGAAGCGAAGGAUCUUAAGUUCCUGGAAAAAACCGCUUUCAUCUACGCCCAAAUGAACGAAGUGCCGGGAGCGCGUUACCGCGCUGCUUUUGCCGGCGUAAAAGUUGCCGAGUACUUCCGCGACACGCUCAAGAAAGACAUUUUGUUGUUCGUGGACAACAUUUUCCGCUACGUUCAAGCUGGAGCCGAACUAUCUUCGCUUCUGGAGCGAUUGCCUUCCGCGGUUGGUUACCAACCGACUCUCUCGUGGGAGAUGGGAAUUUUCCAAGAAAGAAUUGGUUCUACCAAAGAAGGUUCGAUCACUUCUAUGCAAGCGGUUUACAUUCCAGCUGACGACCUAAGCGACCCGUCGGCUGUCGCGGCUUUUGCCCACUUUGACUCGACAAUUAUUUUGGAUCGGAACAUCGCCGCACAAGGACGCUUCCCAGCUGUCAACCCGCUUGAGUCCAACUCUAAAAUGUUGGCCCAGGGAUCGGUUCACCAACUGCACUACGAAGUUGCGACGCGGGUGCUGGAGUUCAUCGAACAGCUCAACCAACUCCAGGACAUCAUUUUGAUUCUCGGUUUUAACGGUUUGACUGACGAAGACAAACACGUGGUUGCGACCGCUCGGCGUUUGCAAAACUUUUUGACCCAACCUUUCGUGGUCGCCGAACGUUUCUCAGGCAUUCCGGGUUCUUCAAUCAGUUUGGAAGACACGAUUGACAGUUUUGCCCGCAUCAUUACCGGCGAAUUAAACUACAUUCCCGAAGAACUUUUCCUUUACAAAGGUGACAUCAAGCAAGUUUUAGACGAAUACCAGGCUAAACGAGAAGACGGUGAAAUCACUGAAAGUCCGGAUCUAGCUCAACCGCCAGCUCCGGAAGAACCGGAAAAAUUAACUUCCCGCGAGAAGAAACAGUUGCGCGCGAUUGAACGUGAAAAGGAGCGCAUGAUCAAAGAGGCUGGUUUAGAGGAAACGGUAGUUCUAGACGUUAACGCCGAGUCUGACCAAACUAAGUCGGAAAUUUAACCGUGACUAGUGUUAUAAUCACUGAAAACUAAGGAGGUAAACCCGUGGCAGUACCAAAACGAAAAACUUCUAAGUCCCGCAAGAAUAAGCGGCGGGCACACCACGCAAUCAAGUUGCCUAACUUAGUUAGUGUGAGCGGUACCAAAGUACCCCACCGGUUAGUUAAGUACCAAAAAAGAACCGAUCUUCAUAAA